GGAUGCGGGAGGCCUUGGGAGGCCAGGACAGGUGGGCCUGUGUCUGCACUAGCCCUCCAAGGGCCUCCCCACACCCCUAAAACACUCCAUGCCCCACUGAAAGACCGGCGUGUCCGUUUAACCAUUGCGUUGCUGGUCAUGAGUUGAGGACUAUCACUUGAAUCUAAUUUUCUGCAGAGAGGCCGAAAGGGCGUUGCCGCGAGCCAGGAGCGAGCCGGCUGCCGCCAUGGAGAACGGGAUGCAGCUGCUCAACCGGGACGGCCACAGCAUCUCCCACAACUCCAAGCGGCACUACCACGACGCCUUCGUCUGCAUGAACCGCAUGCGGCAACGGGGCCUCCUCUGCGACAUCGUGUUGCACGUGGCCGCCAAGGAAAUCAAGGCGCACAAGGUGGUGCUGGCCUCCUGCAGCCCCUACUUCCACGCCAUGUUCACAAAUGAGAUGAGUGAGAGCCGUCAAACGCACGUCACGCUCCACGAUAUCGAUCCGCAGGCUCUGGAACAGCUGGUCCAGUACGCCUACACUGCUGAGAUCGUGGUGGGAGAAGGGAACGUCCAGACGUUGCUUCCUGCAGCCAGCCUCCUGCAGCUGAACGGGGUGCGAGAUGCCUGCUGCAAGUUUCUCUUGAGCCAAUUGGAUCCUUCCAACUGUCUGGGCAUCCGAGGUUUUGCAGACACCCACUCCUGCAGCGAUCUCUUGAAAUCGGCGCAUAAGUACGUCUUGCAGCACUUUGUGGAUGUCUCCAAGACGGAGGAAUUUAUGUUGCUGCCUCUCAAACAGGUGUUAGAUCUCAUCUCCAGCGACAGCCUCAACGUGCCUUCGGAAGAGGAAGUUUACCGAGCCGUCUUGAGCUGGGUGAAGCACGAUGUGGACAGCCGGAAGCAGAAUAUUCCCCGACUCAUGAAGUGCGUCCGUCUUCCCUUGCUCAGCCGGGAUUUCCUGAUGAGCAACGUUGACACCGAACUUCUGGUCCGGCAUCAUUCGGAGUGCAAAGAUUUGCUUAUCGAAGCCCUCAAGUACCACUUGAUGCCCGAGCAGAGAGCCGUCCUGAGCAACAGCCGGACACGUCCGCGGCGCUGUGAGGGGGCCAGCAUGGUGCUCUUUGCUGUGGGCGGAGGGAGCCUUUUUGCCAUCCAUGGGGAUUGCGAAGCCUACGACACGCGGACUGACCGUUGGCACAUGGUCGCUUCCAUGUCCACCCGACGGGCCAGAGUGGGAGUUGCGGCGAUCGGGAACAAGCUGUAUGCUGUGGGAGGCUAUGAUGGAACGUCUGACUUGGCCACCGUUGAAUCCUACGACCCCGUCACCAACUCGUGGCAGACGGAGGUCUCCAUGGGCACCAGACGGAGCUGCCUUGGGGUGGCAGCCCUGCACGGCCUCCUCUAUGCCGCGGGGGGCUACGAUGGAGCUUCGUGUCUGAACAGUGCUGAAAGAUACGACCCGCUAACCGGCACCUGGGCGAGUAUCACCGCUAUGAGCACCAGAAGGAGAUACGUCCGCAUAGCAACCUUAGAUGGCAACCUCUACGCUGUUGGGGGAUACGACAGCUCCUCACACUUGGCAACGGUGGAGAAGUAUGAGCCACAGAUCAACACCUGGACACCCAUUGCCAACAUGUUGAGCCGCCGGAGUAGUGCAGGCGUGGCCGUCCUGGAAGGGAUGCUGUACGUGGCCGGAGGGAACGACGGGACCAGCUGCCUUAACUCGGUGGAGCGCUACAAUCCCAAAACCAACACGUGGGAAAGUGUGGCCCCCAUGAACAUCCGUAGAAGCACCCAUGACUUGGUGGCCAUGGAAGGCUGGCUCUACGCUGUGGGUGGGAACGAUGGCAGCUCCAGCCUCAACUCCAUCGAGAAGUACAACCCACGGACCAACAAGUGGGUGGCGGCCUCGUGCAUGUUCACCCGGCGCAGCAGCGUGGGGGUGGCAGUCCUGGAACUCCUCAACUUCCCGCCCCCAUCCUCACCCACCCUCUCAGUGUCCUCGACGAGUCUUUGACGAAGGACCCUGCCGUUCCUCACCUCGCCCGGACUGCAGCGUCUGUCGGAGCGCGAAGCCGGCUUGGUCUGGCCCCUCCGGAAGCCGAUCUCUGUGAAGGGGGGUGCUGCACCCAGAGACUUUCCCCGGGGGCCCACGUUUGGCUCGGCUCCAAGAGGGGGAGUCUCCUUAAAAAGACCUACUUAGAGAGAGAAGAAGACCACCGAAACCGAGAAUUCUCCACUCGUCCAUUGUUGAUCUCACCGCAACGUAGACCGAUGCUACCUUGGUUCUCGUAGACCAGACUCACAACAACCGUCGAAUUCCACGAUUGGAUGUCAAUCUCCAGAUCCAUCUCAUGCAAGGGACCGAGAUUGAUAAGGGCGCAAAAAUCAAGGUACUGCCACGAGCUAAAGCCGACGAUGCCAACCGUGGAGUUAUUCGCGGAGGCUGUGUGCCAACUGCAGAACCUUAAGCUGUGAACAUCACAAUUAGCCAAAAACUUCUUAACUAAACCCUAACAGUAUACGAUUGGAGGUGUGCGGGCGAAAGGAGGCCUCUCACCUCGGUGUCUAGAGAAAAGGAUGCCUUAACACGAAAACAGGGCUGAGAUGAUCCACAGGUCCUCCUCUCCAUGUUCUCUACCAUCUGUAGGCCACCAAUUCAGACAUCGUCCUAGUAGUAUCUUUCCCGGCACGUGUCUGGAGCUGUCUCCAUGGCUUUGCACUUUGUCUGAACUGGGAAGAAUUUGGUCGAAGUUGUUUGGUGAUUUGGGGAGACAGAGGGGGGGGGUGUCUACUGUGGACUCUGUGGAGUGGAUCUUACGUCUCGAGGUGCGCCAGUAGCAUUUCCUUAACUGUUCACCUCCGGUUCCCCCCUGCUUUGUGUUGUUGGGCGUGCCCGACGAUGGGGGGGGCCUUUAUAAUUUAUUUGCUCACCUUUGCCAGCCAAUCUGCUCCCUGCCUGCCUGCCUGCCUGCCUUCUCCUCCCUAUUUAUUUCCCUUAUUUAUUUAUUUAUUUAAAUCGGAGGGUUUGCAGGACAAAAAAUGGCGGGGAGGCGCUUUGCUUAAUCUGCUGCGAAGUCAAAAACCGUGGCCGCAAUCUCCUGAAGGGAAAACUUUUGUGGGAAAAUCAUCCCGGUGGAUUAACCAAGUGUGGCCUAAAUCACAGCCUUCCUUUUGAAUGGACCAAUUCGGCAUUGUGCGUCUCGUCUGUUUUUUUUUUUGGCACCGUAACCGGGCCAGGCUUGUCCCAACAAUUCCUGCCUAAAAAAAAAAAGUUGUCUUGAUUUCAGAGUAUUAUCCUGCUGCCACGCUCGUUCCUGGAAGGGAGCGUGAAACUACACAAUAUUAAUUGCGUUACGUGGAUUUUGUUCUCCAAGCACUAAGAAGACGGUCGAAAAGGAAUAAUUCUCACGGAGAGUAACAUGGCGCGGCACUUAAAAUUUUGGGAGGAUUAUUUGGAACGCAAGGAAAAUGCACUACGUUUCAGGACUUCCCUUGAAGAAGUUCUAAUUGUCGUACUGUUUACCCCUCCGCUUUGGACUACAAAGCCCAGCUCGGAUGCCAGCUAGCCUGGCGUGGAAAAAAUCAGGGUGGGGAGAGAGAGAGAGAGAGAGAGAAAAGGAAGUUUCUUGAAGAUAAGUGCCACUGUGUAUGGAUGAUCUCUCUUUGUCUUUGCCAUUUUGGGUGCAAAAAAUGAGAAUUCUGUGGGAGAGGCCAUGACCCAGAGGCUCUUCGUAAGUCAGCCAAUGCUUAUUCUACCAGUAACCCCUUUGCUGCUUCUGGGGGGUUUUUUUUCGGUUUCGUUUGUUUGUGUGUUGAUUUAUUUAUUUUGUCGCUGGUUUCACUGUGACGUUCACUGGGCCAGUUUGCAACGAUGCUGUAUAGGGUUGGGGGCAGCUUGAACUGAACAUCCAACUCGCAAGCUUCGGAGAUUCCUCAUUCAAAUUUGCUUCAAAUUUUGGGGGUUCUGGGUCAGCAGUGAGGUUUAUGCAUCAAGCCACGAUUAAACACAUCCUCCUGCGAUCUGCUUUACGAACCACGAUCGGUGAGCUUCCCUAGCUGGAUAAGCCACGAUCACAAACAGACUGCCGAAUGCUUGGUGCCAUAUUUUGUUAGCAAACCACAGUUUAUGGGCCCACUUCUUCUUCAAUACUCCAGCCAAGAUGUCCGCGGCUGGGAAUUCUGGGCGUUGAAGUCCACACAUCCUACCGUUCAUAUAAGCCAUGAUUUGAAAAAAACAAACAAACAACAAUUAACAAACCGUGGCCUGCUUGCCACCAAGGGUGAAUCCAAAGGGCAGCUUUGCUGGGCUUCUCUGUAUCCAUGAUUUAAGAUUUAUAAGCAUCGUGGCUUAGCUUCGAAGGCAUUUUUGCAAAGAGACAUUUCCAACGGACAAUUUCUGUAAAUCUGUAGCUCGUCUGGCAUUGUGCUCGGCCUUCCACCCGGAAACAUAGUUUUGCAAAUCCUGAGUGCUGUAACGGGGUGGGAACCAUUUAUCAGAGUUUGAUCCGCUGCAUUCAUUUUGGGAAAUUUGUUUUCACAGUGUUCUGUGUUUUUUUUUUUUAUAAGUGCCUUCACUUUGCUUUUGGGGUCCUUCAGUGGGGCAGGUUGUCUAUGGGGAGCAAAGCCUAUGGGUCUUUCUCAUCCGUUUGUGCCGGAGUGGGGUAGAAAAUGCUUGCAUCGGAAGAUGUUGAUAAAAUUCCUUUUCAUGCUGUUUACAGCAGUGUUUGGUCACUUUAAGACAGGCGGACUUCAACUCCCAGAAUUCAUAGCUGGCUGGAAGAAUUCUGGGAGUUGAAGUCCAUACGUCUUAAAGGGGCCAAGCCUGAGAAACACUCAGGCAAAACCUAGCGGAAAAGCUAGGAUUUUCUCCAGGCAAUAUCCAUUUUCAAGAUCUUUCUGGCCUACAAAUCAGAUAUUCCCAAUUGAUCCUAGUUACAGACGUCGGGGAUUUUUUUUUGCCCUUCUGUAAUUUAUCCGUGGAUACCUCCCUCUUCCCAAGCAGUUUCUGAAUUUCUUGAAGAGGAACAAUUGAAGUGUUACCAGCCAGAUGACGUUUUUCACGUCCCUAAUGUGAAAAUAUAGGAAUUGAAGAAAAAAACCUUGUUUGGGUGGGUCGAGUGGUAGGAUUCAGCCGGUUCGAGCGAAUCGGUUGUUAAAUUUCUGGCUGGCCCCUCCCCUCCCUGCCCCUCCCCUUUCAGGAGUCCCCCAUUUUGGCUUCCAGAUAAAUCUAGGGAGGCCUACUAGGCCCAAAGAAGGGCAGGGGGGUACAGCGUGACACCCCACCCCUCACGGCCCGUUUUUGCUCCCAGGAGGCUGCAGGGAGGCCUACUAGGCCCAAAACGGGCAGCGGGGGUGGGGAGCCCCCUCCGUGGCCCGUUUUUUGCUCCCAAGAGGGUGCAGGAGGCCGAGUGUUGCCUGUCACACAUCCCUGGCCACGCCCACCAUGGCGACACCCACCCAGCUUGUCAUUAGGGCAGAGAACCGGUCAAUUAAAUUAUUUGAAUCCUACCACUGGGUGGGUCCUUGGGGGUGGGGAGGGGUCUUCCUUUUGGGGUGGUGGGAGAAGAUGCUUUUGCAGAGGACGUCCUUAUGUAGGAGUCACUUCGUUUGCGGAGAUGGGAAGGACAAAGGCAUGGCACCUUCAAACUUGGGUCCUUUAAGACUGGUGGACUUCAACUCCCAGAAUUCCCCAGCCAAAGCAUGGCUGGCUGAGGAAUUCUGGGACUUGAAGUCCACUCGUUUUAAGAGUACCCAAGGUCGGAGAGCCUUGGCCAAAGCGAUUGCUUCUUUGCCUCCUUUUUUUUGCUACCACGUUUCGGUGGCGUCUUUGCCAAUCGGAAGAGAGAUGCUACGAUCCUCAACGUACGAUUGGAGCGCAAGGAAAGAUGGCGGGUUUGGUAACGAUGGAGGAUACGGUAGCCGUAACUACGAAAGGAAUUGGCAGUGUUUAUCCUUCUUGGAAGCCCCUUUUCACUCACGUCCUCGCUUUCUCUCCCUCUCCCCACCCCUUUAGUUUAAUUCAAGACUAGCUUUCAACUUCCCACCUGAAUUACCAUUACAGGCAAGUCCUCCAUUUAUGACCAUAAUUGAGCCCGGAAUUACGGUCGUUAAACAGAUCGCUUUUUUUUGCAGCCGUCCCAUUUUCACCCAUGGGUGGGUUUUUUUGCUGGAAGUCAGAAGGAAACAAUGGGAAUUGCCAAAAAAAAAUACCCCACCGUAUGGGAUGUUGCAAACGGCCAUAAAUGUGAGCUAGUCACGAAGGAAGGAAGGAAAGAAGGAAGGAAGGAAGGAAGGAAGGAAGGAAGGAAGGAAGGAAGGAAGGAAGGAAAGAAAGAAAUAAUCUCAUCUUCCUUGUUGCCCCUGAGCUCCUGUUGAAGUCAGUAGCUAAUACACAGAGCUUGUCAAUCAGAAAGAUCGGGGGUUCGAAUCCCCAGUACAGGUCUUCCUGUGUGAGCAGGGGGGUGGACCAGAUGACCCCCAAGGUCCCUUCCAACUCCGCUGCUGUUAAAAGUACGAUCUCUGAUCUAUCCAUGGUGCAAAUCCCCAGCUUAUUCACCCUAGGUUGGAGAUGCCUUGAAGAGGGAAGAGGUGUACGUGUUAAUUUAUCUGUAUUACGUGUGUCGGAUUUAUUUAUGUGCCGUUAAAACGUCCACUUUUAUUUUGUGUUUCUCAAUUUUUGCACUAUAACAAAAAAAAAAGGGGGGGGAAAUAUGAGCAAUACAAGCCAGUUGUGUAAAAUAAAAUAAAAAAUAAUAAUAAAAUAAAUUAGAUUUUUCUUGA